CUUUGCCCUUACACUACUCAUAACAGGAAGCAGAGGGGUGUUAGACCGAAAGGUUUGUUGAGAGAUACAAUAUGAACAGAGAACCUCCCCCUCCGUACAACGCCUAUUACCCUCCGCAAUAUCCUAAUGCCACGCAGGGUAACUUUGGGCAGCCCACUGCUGGCAUGAUGCCCCCCGCUGGGCAGCCCACUGCUGGCAUGAUGCCCCCCGCUGGGCAGCCCACCGCUGGCAUGAUGCACCCUGUUGUUGUCAAUAUGGGGAUUCCAGACAGCGCUCCCCCAGAAUACAGUGUGGGAUUUGAGGACGAGAACUGCUUUUCAGAUGCUACCAUAAGAAGAGGUUUCAUAAGAAAAGUGUAUCUGACACUUAUGGUUCAGCUAUUAAUAACUGUUGGAAUCAUCUGUGCAUUUCUUUACUGGAAGACACUCAACAACUGGGCAAGAGAAACAUAUUGGUUUACCUACACUAUGAUGUGUGCAACGAUUGUUCUGAUCAUUGUGCUCAUCUGUUGUGGUAACAUACGUCGCAAAGUUCCCUUAAACUUCAUCUUCCUAGCGCUGUUUACAAUCAUAGAGGGCCUUCUUCUUGGCUCAGUGGUAGUGUACUAUUCAGCAGAGGCCGUGCUCUGGGCAGUGGGUGCAACUGCUUUGGUUUCUCUUGCAUUGAGUUUGUUUUCACUGCAGUCUAAAUGGGACUUCACAGGUCUUUCAGGGAGUGUAUGGGCAUUAUGCUGGACGCUGUUUUCAUUUGGAUUGCUCUGUGCAAUUCUGAGAUCACAGUAUUUGUACAUCUUUUACGCAUCAGUGGGAACUCUGAUCUUCUCUGUGUACCUGGUGAUGGACACGCAGCUCAUACUGGGUGGAAAGCACAAAUACAGCAUCAGUCCAGAAGAGUACAUCUUUGCUGCUCUGAACCUGUAUGUUGAUAUUGUCACAAUUUUCUUAUUAUUGCUUCAGUUAAUUGGACUUUGUCGUUGAUGUGGUUUAUGAACAUCAUGGUUACUGCCCCACUCAACACCUGUCUCAGGUAGACUCCAUUUUUUUUAACAUGGCUUCAUUGUGUCUGUAACAUUUUAGAAGUUAAACUGAAUUUUGCUUAAUACACCUAGGCUAAAUGUGACCCUGGACCAAAAACCAGUCGUAAGUAGCACUGGUAUAUUUGUAGCUAUAGCCAACAAUAUGUUGUAUGUGUUAAAAUAAUCGAUUUUCCUUUUAUGUCAAAAAUCAUUAGGAUAUUAUUCCAUGAAAAUAUUUUGUAAAUUUCCUAGCGUAAAUAUGUCAAAACUUAAUUUUUGUUUAGUAAUAUGCAUUGCUAAGAACGUCAUUUGGACAACUUUAAAGGUGAUUUUCUCAAUAUUUUGAUUUUUUUUGCACCCUCAGAUUCCAGAUUUUCAAAUAAUUGUAUCUCGGUCAAAUAUUGUCCUAUCCUUACAAACCAUACAAUAAGAUGAUCUAUAAAUCUUAAUUUAAAAAAAUUGAACCUUAUGACUGUUUUUGUGGUCCAGGGUCACAUAUGUAAAUUAGAUAAAAUAGCUAUCAGUAAAAUAGUUAACACAAUAAAAAAUAAAUUGGUGGUGAAACAAUUUUCACUCAGAAAUUGCUUGUAAAUUUCCCAAAUACUUACAAAGAAACAGCAAAUAAUACACAGAAUUAAAUGUGAUUUUUUUAGAAGUACAACAUGACUGUAAAACAGUAAUUUAUAUAUUUACAACUUUAGAUACCAGCUAUUUUAAAAGUAAAUGAAAGACAGUCAUACAUGGGAUAUGAAUAUGCAAUAGGCUCUAGGCUUUUGAGAUACAUUUUUACCACUAUUGUUCAAAACAUGACUCCAAUGUGUCUGUAACAUGCUAUAAUACAUUUUCACUGUCAUACUUUAAGUUAAAUUCAUUAAAGUGUCUACUGUCA